CACACACACACAGCUUCAAGACAUGACCGCUUCUGCUGUUGUCCGAAGGUUAGCAGCUCUGUCAGGGGCUUCGGCCGUGGCAGCAGGGGCAUACGGGGCUCACGGUUUCAAAAACAAAGACCCGGAUGACUACCAGAGAGUGCUUUUCGAAACCGCCAACAAGUACCAUUUCUACCACAGCCUGGCCCUGCUGGGUGCUGCCCACUCUGGCAAACCUGCUGUGGCUGGUACCCUCCUGAUAGCGGGCAUGGGGAUGUUCUGUGGCUCUUUGUACCACCAGGCCAUGACAGGGGACCCCGGUCUACGCAAGGUGGCUCCCAUGGGGGGCGUAGCAAUGAUCGUAGGCUGGCUGGCCAUGAUCCUCUGAACUCAGUUCACAUCCCGUCCACGGGGCCACUAUGUGACACUCAACUGUCAAAGAGGUAAUGGAUGAACUGGAGCGCUGAGUUAUGUCACUAAAUCUAGACCCCACCCUGUACUGGGUACUGGGUGGCGGGUGUCAGCACGAGAUAAGGUCAUAACAGGAUUAUCACUUUCCUGCCAUUCCUGUCUGUUUCUAAAUGGGGCCCCUGAGUUUCAAGUGAAUACAGCGUGUAGCAUUUUGUCCCCUUAACAAUUUGUUGACCUAACAUUUUCAGUGGCAUGCCAAUCUUGUACUAGGAAAGAAAAUCACUGAUGUGCUAAUAGAAAUUCCCAAUGCUACAUGUAGGUGUGUGACUGAACAUUACAGUGGUAUAUCUUUCUUUGUUUUGCUUUAUUUCCCCUACUGCAGUGAAUACAGUUUCUAUAUUUCUGUACAUUUAUACAGCAUGGGUAUUGGAAAUAGAGAAAAAAUGAAAGAAAGAAAUAUGAAGGAUUUAAAAAUGAAAUAAAUGCUUUUUGUUACAUAUUG